UUCAUAAGACUGUGGCAACGCACGCUGACUCCGUAUUUGGCAAGGAAGUGCGACGUUUGCUCGUUGCGCUUAACUCAGUAACCAGACUUCCUUUUUUCAACUAUUUGUGUUAACUGGGCUGCUGAAAGGUUUCGACCGGGAACCUUAGUUCGAGCAAGCCCGACAGUUGCUGAAGAGGGCAUGACGGUCUAGAAGCACAAUUCUCCGCCCUGGAGGAGCAUGGCACUUGGAGGGCUUGAUUUGGAGGCGCUUCGCGCGGAGCUGACCGCCGCGCGCGCCGAGCGAGCUUCUCUGCUGCAGCAGGCCGCGGAGUAUGACUCCCUCCAGCAGGCAGCGGGCGUAGGAGCGGGGGCGUCAGACUUUCGAGGCUUCGCCCCCGCGGCGCCCCAGCCAGCCAUGGCGUGGGGCCAGGCGCCGGGCGCGGCGGAGGCAGCAGCAGCUGCAGCGGCAGCAGCGGCAGCUGCAGCGGCGGCCGGAGCCAGCGGCGCGCGGCCCAUGGUUCGCAAGCUUAGCUGGGGCACGCCACGACCCACGGGCCUAGCCGCCAGUACAUCCGUGUUCGCGCCCAACGGCGCCGAUGACGCCUGGGGCUUGGGCAUGGCCGCGGGCGGCGGCGGCGACCGGCCAUUCACGGCGGACACAGCCGACGCCGUCGGCGGUGGCGGCGGCGGCGGCACGGGCCUCGCCUCCACCCUGCCGGCUGCGCUCACGGGGUCGCCCUACAGCAGCAUCACCAUCACGGCCGGGUCGGGCCAGGCCCAGCAGGGCCCGGCGGGCGGCAGCUCCCGCGGCCCCAGUCCCUUGCACGGCAGCGGGAUGGUGGCGGCGCCCGGCAGCGCCGGCGGCGGCCAGGGCCCGGGCAUAAUGGCUGUGGGGCAGUCGUACGGCACAGAGGUGUUCAUGUCACCCAGCCAACCGCAGUACGUGGGGUCGGGAUCAGGACUGGGGGCGGCGGCGGGGUCGGGACAGGUGGCGGCGCGAUCCAAGAGCCCGGGCGCUGUGUCGGCGUCGGCAUCGGCGCCUGCGCCGUCGCCGGCGGCGGAGCCGUCGCUGGCACCCACUCCGGCAGCAGCGGAGCGGGCGCCGGCGCCCGCGUCCACAGCACCGGCACCGGUUUCAGACGCCGCAGCGGCCGCACCGGCGGGGGCGAGGGCGGCCGCUGGCGUCAGCCCCGGGCGUGUCGGGACCAGUACCGUCGCGGCUGUGCCCAUCACUCUUGCGGGUGGCGGCGGUGGCAGCGCCUUCCCUUCGCUAAAGUUCAGUAACGCCGGUUUUGGCAACAUCGCGUCAGCGGCGUCGCGCGCCGCCGCGGCGGCGGCUGUGGCUGCCACGACGGGCCAGUCGGCUGUGCCUUGGGCGUCGCACCACACCAGCAACGCGGCGGGGGCGGGCGUCGACCUCGACGCACACCGGCGGAUGGUGCUCAAGGAGGUGCUGGCAAGUGUGUUGGGCGAGCCGCCCGGGUCCGCCAAGCUGGAGCACAUGCGGCUGGACGUGGAGGGCGUGGCGGCUGUGGUGCGACAGCGCACGGCCGAGGCGGUGGAGGCGGCGGUGGCGGAGGCGGAGGAGCGCCUGAGGGCAGGGCAGGCCGAGCGGUUGGCCAAGGCGGUGCGGGCGGUGGAGGAGAAGGGCGAGCGGGCGCUUGAGGAGGUGCGGCGCGGUCUGGAGGACGACAAGAGGCGGCUGCAGGCCAAGCUGGACAAGUUCCGCGGCCAGCUAGCUGACGUGGAGAAGGACAAGAAGUCGCUGAGCGGCAAGAGCGGCCAGCAGGCGCGGGAGCUGCGGGAACUCAAGGAGGCACUCAACCUGUCCAAGCAGCUCCUGGCCACCGCCCAGAACAGCGCCGACCUCAGGGCCAAGGCGCUGACCAAGGCCACUGCCGACCUGGACAAGGCGCGCGCUGAUGCGCAGGCGCAGGUGCAGGCGGCGCAGCUGGAGGCGGCCGCGGCGCGGGCGGUGGCGGAGACGGCGCGCCGCGAGGCCGAGGCGGCGACGGAGGCAGCGCAGGCGGCAGCGCGUGCGGAGGCCGAGGCGGUGGCGGCAGAGGCGCGGGAGGCGGCGCGGGCGGGUGUGGCGGCGGCGGAUGCGCAGGUGGAGGAGCUGAGUCGGGCCCUGGAUGGCGAGGUUGAGGCACUGGCUGCGGAGGCGGCGGGUCUGGCCAGCGCCAUGUCGCAGGAGCUGGCGGAGGCGGGCGGCGAGGUGGCGGGGCUCAAGGCCGAGCUGGAGGCUAUGCGGUGCGGUCUGCAUGAGGAGAUGCGCGCUGUGCGCGAGGCCGCCUACGCCGCCAUCGGGGGAUUCCACGCCGCCUGCCAGACCGCGGCCAAGGCACACCAGGACCGCACGGCUCAGCUGCUGGGGCUGGAUGAGACACUGCAGCGGCUGGGCCCCGGCGGCGUGGCGGCGCUGGUGGCGGAGGCGGAGGCGCUGCGGAAGCAGCUGGAGGAGGCGCGAGCCGCCACGGAGCGUGCGGCGGCGGAGGCGGCGGCCAACGGCGCGGCGUACCGGCGGGCGGCGGCCAAUGCGGAGCUGCGGGCGCGGGAGCUGCAGAUGAUUGAGGCCGAGAAGAAGGAGCUGGCUGGCGAGCUGACGGGGGCGCGCGCGGAGGCGACCUCCUCGCUGGCCGAGUGCCACAAGCUGCGGGCGGCGUCGGAGGGAUUGCGAGAGCAACUGCAGGCAGCCAAGGAGGAGACGGCGGCGCAGUUGGCGGCGCUGGAGGGCAGUCGCAGCGAGCUGGCGGCAGCGCAGGCGGCGGUGCAGCGCGCAGAGGCGGCGGUGGCGGCGGCGCGGCGCGAGACGGAGCGCUGGCAGGCGGCGGCGGGUGACGGCGUGGCGGCGGGCCGACAGGAGGCGGCUGAGAUGGCGGCGCUGUUGUUGACUGACCUGCGCGACCGCUACUUCCAAGUACUGCCGCUGCCGUCCAGCGCUGCCGCCGCUGGCGGCGGCGGCGCCGCCGGCGCUAGAUCCAGCCCGAGCCGUGUCAACGCGCAUGGAUCCAGAUCCGAGGCCGAUGCAGCUGGAUCCGGGGCGGGAGACGGCGGCGGCGCAGAGGAGUGCGCUGACGGAGGUGGCGGCGCGGGGGCGGCUGGCACCGCUGCGGCAGCGGGCGGCGGCGCAGUUUCGGAGUUGGAGGCAGCGGUUGGCGUACGGCUGUACGACGUGACACACGACCGCGUGAUGGCGGCUUUCGAGACGUACUUGUCACGACAGGCAAUGUUGGCGGGCGGCGGGGCGGGCGGGGCGGCGGGCGGCGGCACGCCGCCGCGGGAGCCGCAUGCGGCCUCCAGCUCGCCACCGCGGCGCGGGCACCACGACCGAGACCCCAGCCCGCUGAGGCCCCGACCCGGCGACCCGCCCACCACCACCUCCUCUUCCUCCCGACACGAGCUGCGCCUGGCAGACCCCCAGUCGGCGGCUGUGGCGGCGGCGGUGGCGGCGGCGGCCGGCGGCGGCUGGCAGCGGCCGCUGGUGUCGGAGCUGGUGUGGCUGGAGGGCUGCCUGCUGGUGGCGCUGCUGGACCUGCGGCUGAACGGCGGCAAGGCAGGAGGAGGGGCAGGAGGAGGCGGUGGCCGUGAGGCGGCCAGCCCCUCCCGGCCCGGCUCCUCCCUCAGCGGCGCCAGUGCCGCCACGGCCGGCUCGGCCGCCAUCGCCGCCCACCAGCAGCAGCAGGCUGUUCGCGGCCUGGUGUCGCAGCUGGUCCGCACCAUGGCCUCGGAGCGCAAGCAGCUCAUGCAGCGUGUGCGGCACCUGCAGGCGGGCGGCGGCGGCGCCACAGGCCUGCUGCCGCCUUCCCACACGCCGCCCGCGCCCUUCCUAGCCUACGCCCCCGGCAGCCGCCGCUCGCUCGCCAACUCGCUGUCGGCGUACGGCAGCGGCGCAGGCGGCGGCGGCGGCGGCGGCGUGCACUUGAACCCGGCGGCGGCGCCAGGUGCACGGGGCGGCGGCGGCGCUGCCGCCGCCGCCGCUGGCGGCGGGGCGCGGGCGUCAUUUGCGGCGUCGCUGGCCGCGGUGCCGGGUGUCUCGCCCUCCCAUGCUAGCCGUUCGUACGGCAGCGGCGCUGCAGGCGGCGGCAGUCAUGUGGGCGGCAUGCCUGACGCCGAGCAGGUCGGCACGCCCAAGGCCCUGGGGCUGCGCCGCUCUGGCGGUGCCGCCGGCGCCGCCGUUACGCCGACCAGCAGCGGCCUUCGCAGCUCCGUCCGCCGCAGCACCGACACUGACGUGAUGCUGCUUGGCGGCGGCGGCGGCAUGGCAGCUGGCGGCGGCGGCGGUCACACGGCGGACGGGGCGUUGCCGGCGCUGUCAGGCGGCGGCAUGGCGGCGGAGUGCCUGCUGCCGCCCCUGCCGAACCCGUACUCGGGGGGUCCUGGAGGCAGUCAGGGAGGGGGCGGCGGCGCGCCGCUGCACGCGCCCGACAUGGACGAACUGAUGGACGUGUUGCAGGCACUGGACGACUCGGCGCUGCGCAAGAGCCGCGGCCUGCACGGGCUGGGCUUGGCGGCAGCAGGCGGAGGGGGAGGAUAUGGAGGGGGUGCGGGUGCUGGGGCACGGCAGCCGCGGCAGGCGGCGUGGGCGGCGUACGAGGGGCCGGUGCCGAGCGGCGGCGCCGGCUCCUCGGGGACGCGGCUGGGCGGGGCCGGUGGCUUUGGGCCCUCGGGCACACCGCCCAAGGGCCCCUCCGGCAAGGCCCUGAAUGCUGGUGGCCCCGGUGGAGGGGGAGGUGGAGGUGACGCGGGCAGUCCGGCGGGGGGCGGGGGGAGGAACAUUGGGCGGGCGGUGAGCUGGAGCGGCCCCGGCGCCGGGGGCGGGGCGGGGGCUGGGGCCGGCGGCAGCGUCAGCCCGAGCAGGGUGCGCGGCAGCGGGCGGGUGAGCUCCGCGGAGGGCGACGGCAAGAAGGGCAGUCCUUAUCUGACUGGAAAGAGCCGGGGGUGAGGCCACACGGGAGGCACAGUCAGGGGUGGGGCCGAAACCCAAGACCAGGCGUUCUUAUUCAUGGGGCGAGAACGUCAAGUGGAGAGGCGCUGCACACAUUCGCGGCACUUGCGCUGUUGUGUGCUGCGUGGAUGCCGGCAUGCCGCAUGGAUGGUGGUGGGCCGUGGUGAAUGCUGGGGGCUUGUAGGCUGGUGUUUGCGGGCAUAGGCCUCUGCCUGAUACCGCAGUGCUGUGCUGUGUUUUGCUCCGCGCUUGAAGGGCCCUCAGGCCAGGAUGAAACUGUGAUUUGCUCAGGUGCUGCACCGCCUAACGCCGCGGCUAAAGCGGUGAGGGCACAUCGAGUUUCAAUCGUUACGGGGCUAAUGUAUACGCGUGUGCCUUUGAUGACGCGAACUGGAUUUCGGUGCGACUUUCGCAUCGAGCCGCAAAACAGCAUGUGCGGCAGUUUUUCGUACUUCAUGACAAUUUCUCCUGCAGGCCUGCAACUGACAUCUCAAAGCGCCAAGGCGAGUUGAGCAACUGCGCCAAAUAUUUCAGUUCAGAGAUGCUGCGCGCUUGUUGAAAACUUCAGACUUUGUGACCUCACGGCUCCAUGUCUAGGAGUCCUUCUUACUUGCUAACGGGUCUGAAAUAGCUUCAUUGUAUA